AUGCCGCAAGAGGAUACAGCUCCUCUUAUCACUGAGGUCGACCUGUUUGCCGGCACCAAAUUCACCGUCGUCGACCUCGAGUGGGAUGUGCAGGCAUUACCCGACGGUCCCACAAUCAACCUCAACGAUUCGGUCCAGAAGGUCUAUGAGAGCCUGCUGGAGCUUAACCCCAAAGUCCAGAGGUGCGACGACGACAGCGUUUUCAAGGACCGCACCAACUUCACCGGCUGCUCCUACUUCUGCAGGGGGAAAUGGCCGCUGACUCGAGCCGGAGAAGCCAUGAAGGGUAUCGGUUACCUAUAA